UGUUCACAUAAAGUUAAACUUGGUACUUGACUUUUCUUUUGCUUUUCCCGAAGUUGCAUCCAAUAAAUAUUAAAAUGGCAGGAAAGAAGCGAACAAGUAAAGAGCAAUUUGAUAUUUAUGUGCGGAAUUUAGAGAAAAACCGGCUAUUGGUUACUGGCAGGUUGACACCAGGUAUGAAUAUAGAAACCUUGCAACAACUUUGGAGCUCCUUAGCAGAGGAAUUAAAUUCAUGUGGCAGUGGUCCAAUACGAAAGGUGGAGAGUUGGAAAAAGAUUUUUACGGAGUGGAAGUCUCUUGUGAAAAAAAGAGCCCGAGAAGGGAAAUUGUUAACUGAACUAGAAAAACGAUACUUGGAAGCAACAGGUGUUGUGUCCGUAACAGGUAUGACCUCGGCGAAAGAGCUAGGUAUUGCUUCUAUUGAAGAAAAGGAAUCGCAAAUCACUAAUGAGGAUAAUGUGGAGAUAGCCAUUCCAGAUCAUCAGGCAUGUAAUAUUGAAAUUGAAUUACAUGAUGAUAUUGAAGUUGUACCUGAUGAACCCCAUCCUAUUCCUUUGGCAGAAGAAAAAAUUAAAAAACCUGCUAAGAUUUCAAAGAGGACUACUAGCAAUCCUUUACUGAGUGCUGAGCUCCAAGCCGCAAUAACUAGAGUACUAUCUAUUAUGUACAAUAAAAUGUUUGUUUAAAUACCUAGAUACA